AUGAACAGCUACCAUGCAUCCCGUCUGGCAAGAUUACUCGCCAGCUCCCAAGAUCAACGCUCCCAAGAUCAACGCUCCCAAGAUCAACGCUCCCAAGAUCAACGCUCCCAAGAUCAAAGCCCACAAGAACCCUCCCUUGCCGACAUACUGAGUAACGCCUACUAUCAAGCCCUCUUAACAACAGACCUCGCCCAACAUUAUCAUCCCCUACCUCGCCUCUUAUAUGAGCCCCAAGACCGCAUUGAUGGUUACUGGACUGUCACGUGGACUCGGCCAUCGUUUGUUCAGCUACAGAUAACCAUCAGGCCCGCUCUCCACAGCGAUCCUCCCUCUCACCAUUGGCGCAGCAUGCGCUCAAACCAGAUCCAAGGCCCCAUCACAUUCCGCAUCUCGACACAAAACGCCAUGAGGGAGUUGUCUGAACUUCGGCGCGUGCCCGGCACCGUGUCCCGCACCUGCCACCGAUUCGGAUACACUAUCGAGUUGGGUACCAGCGACCGCGUUCCGUUCCAGAUAUUGCGACGACCGGUGGACGGUGACCGCAUAUGA